UCUCUCUCUCGCACACACACACACAGUGAGCUUAGGGGGGUGUUCUUGAGGUGACCCCAACAAGCAUAUAAACCCACCCCAAACUCUCAUAUCCAUCACCAAUGAUAAGUUGUGCUCAGUACAAAUCUGUCUUCACUUGACUCCUUUCUUUCCCAAGGUGUGAUUAAAGAUGAGCAGACCAGGAGAUUGGACCUGCAGGUCGUGCCAACACCUGAACUUCCAGAGGAGAGAGUCGUGCCAAAGGUGUGGAGAGCCGAGGAUGGGCGAGAGAGGCGGUGAUUCUUAUGGGGGCUUUGGCGGGAGGAGCGGCUCGCCAUUCGGGUUCACGGGCCCGGACGUCCGACCCGGCGACUGGUACUGCAGCGUCGACAACUGCGGGACUCACAACUUCGCCAACCGCUCGACCUGCUUCAGGUGCGGUGCGCCGAGGGAUGAGUCAGAUGGUGGCGGCCGUCGUUAUGAGAGUGAAAUGCCUCGGUCGCGAGGUUUUGCAGCCAGUGGUGGCAGCAGUGGUGGCAGCGGAGGUGGCAGCGGAGGUGGCAGCAGUCGCUGGGGGUGGAGAGCUGGUGACUGGAUUUGCACCAGGUCAGGAUGCAAUGAGCACAACUUUGCUAGCAGAUCAAACUGCUUCAGGUGCAAUGCACCAAGAGAAUAUUCAUCAGGUGGCCGGUCUGAUUAUUCUUCUUGAAAUGUUCCAUUAUCUGGAAGAGCCUGGAAAGAAACGAGCAAGAAAAUGCAGCCACUGUCUUCUGUCUCUCUUUCUGCCAAGAAAACAUUUUCCAUUGGAGUUAUUUGGUGGGCCUAAAUGACAGAUCAAAAGAACAUAAAGAGAGUCUUCUUCUUCUAAUUCUACUUCUUCUUUUUUCUUGUUUUUUGUCCGGUUCUAUGGUGUUUUUAUGGUCUAGUUUGUUUUUGCAUAGCAUUGUAGCUUGCGGGUUAGCAGUUCCUAUAUCACCUGUUUGAGAGGGUUUUCUGUGGUUAUUGCAGUACUGUCUGAGAAUUUCUUUUAUCUCCCCUCUUGAAUUUUCUUUUAACGGUAUUUACAUUUUUGCCCUAAUUAGGAAAGUAAUGGUACUUGGAAAACA